GGGGUUCGGUGCGGCCGUCCUCGAAGGCAGGCUCGCAGCUGCCGGGUGGGGGCCGCCCCUCUAAGGGGAAGCGACAGCCAAAGAGGGCCUUCUUAGGGCCGCAGGGCCUGGACCACCGCAAGAAGGCCCGAAAAACUCGACGCUGGAAACUGCACAGAGCGUCGGGCCACCACAAGGUCCCAGACUGAUUGAACCCAGCCGUCGAGGUUGCACUUGUUGUUGUGCCCCGACCCUCGGCAGGACUGCACCGUCGAGGAGGCCCGCGCAGGGCAGGUCCGGGUCGCCUACCACGGCUUCGACAGCAGCAGCGACGAGUGGAUCGCGACGGGCUCCUGGCGCAUCGUGGCCCACCUCGACGCGGACAGCAGGGUGAUAGUCCACGAGGAGGGGUCCGACCCGAGCACCGAUGAGCUGAUCGGCACGGACUGUCAACGCAUAGGAGUCAGGCCCGAACGCUUAGAGCUGGUGGUUGGGCAGAAGCUCCUGGUGGUCAGCCCCUCGGGAAUCCGACGGGAGUGCACAGUCAAGGACAUGCUGACAGUUAUGUUGAAGAUACACUACGACGAUUUUGACGACAGCUAUGACGAGUGGCUCUCGUCAGAGUCGGAGCGCAUUGUUGCUCAGUUCGAGGCGGAUUCCGUGGUCCCCUUCCACGCGCGGUUUUCUGCCGCAUCGGAAGUGGAGCGCAAUGUGGGCCAGCACCUCAACAUCGUGAGCCCCCUGGGGACGCGGCGGGGCUGCACCGUCGUAGAGGAAGGCGGGGAUAGCGUGAAGGUGCAACACGGAGAGGUCGACGAAUGGCUUCCAAGGAAUUCCGAUCGCAUCUGCGUUCAGCUUGAGCAGCCGGACUUCUGCAUCGGCGACAAGCUCGUGGUGGCCAGCCCGGCGGGCGUUCGGCGCGAGUGUUCGGUGAUAGACGCCCACGCCCACACCGUCAAGAUCCACUACGACGGCUUCCGAGCGGACGGCGACGAGUGGCUGCCCCGGGACUCGGGCCGCAUACUCGCCCGGCUCGAGGACGAGGCGAUCGUGCCCCUCCGCGCGCCUCCACCGACUACGCUGGCGGCGCCGCUGUUAGUGUCCUCGGCCGCCGGUGUGGAGCACGCCCUUGACACCACUCCGCUCCAGGGGCCGACUGCGCCGAGCACCGCGGGCAGAGGCACAGUUGGUGACGCCGCGGGCGGGCGCGGUAGCCCAAGCUGGCUGCCCGACAGCCCGCGGAGGUCUUUGACCGAACACACGCCGCCGCCGCCGCCGCCCUCACGCUGCCGCCCUGGCGAGCAGCCCGAGCGGCAGGCUGGCGGCGACCGCGGCGAGAAGUGGGCAAGCGAUGCCUCCGCCGGGCCAGCGGUGGCCUGCAACUGGCCUGAGGCCCCGAGCCUGAAGCCGGCGCGCACCGCGGCUGCGCGGCGCGGCCCGUGCCCGAGGCCGUGGCUGGUCCUGGGCUCGUUGGCCACGCUGGCCGCCCUUGCCCUGCUCGCCGUCCUGCUCGCACCCAGCCUCCCACCCGAAGGGCCCCGUGCGCCGAGCCCGGCAGCGCCAGCACCAGCCCGCGCCAGCACUGACAGCUCAAGCAGGCCGGCAGCCCCAGCAGCGCCAGACGCAGGGGCACCCUCGCCCACGCUGGCAGCGCCAGCCCCAGCUGGCCCCUCCACCACUCGCAGGGUGCCAGAGCCGAGGGGGGAGCUCGAGGCCGAGCGCGAGCGGCUGGAGGCGCAGCUGCAGCGGCGCAGAGAGUCGCUCAAGGAGGCCGAGGGGGAGGCCGCGGCGGAGCGCGACCAGCUGCAGCGUGCGCAGGCAGACCUGGCGAGCGCGCAGCGCGAGGCGGAGCGAGCGCGCAGCGACGGCGCCUGGGCGCGCGCCCUGCGCCGCGAGUUGAGCGGCGGCCCUGGGCUCCCAUGGCGGCUGGUGGGGGCGUUGCCGCUCCAGGGCUGCGUGGCCGCGGCCGCGGGCCUGGCCGCUCUGCAGGGCGUGCUGGGGCCGCCGAGGUCCCGGCACACUUUCGCCGGCGUGGCGGGGCUUCUGUCGGGCAGCCUGCUGGUCUGCGCGCCGCUGCGAGUCCUGGCGGAGGCAGCGGCGUCCUGGCGCGGCGGCGACCCGGUCGGGUGUGCCUCUGUGGCGUGCUCGGUGUCCUUGCUGGUGAGGGGCGACGCGCCCGCGCACGCCUACCUCGUCUGGGCAAUGCUCUUCUGGCUGGGGUUGCGGCGCACACGGCAGCAGGUCGAGCAGCUGAGCUUGACCGCGGCGCACCAGCGGCGAGGGCCUGGCCUGCGGAGCCCGAGACUGCCAGAGGCUGCCGAGACGGCCUUCGAGCGCAAGGUGUCUGAGGACAGCUGGCUGCCCAUGUCGGAGGCGUCGGUGGCGACGUCGGCUGGCGGGGCCUCCGCGAUGCGCCUCGGCGACGAGGCGAUUUCCUGCUCGGACGCCGAGCCCCGCAGCCCCCUGACGCCGGCCUGGAGGAGCGGCAAGACCAGCUCCAAGAGCAGGCUACCGACCAUUGCCGAGCACGCCCUCACCGCGGCUGGCGGCCACGCGCCCGAAGGCGCCCUGCGUGAGCCGUUGCUCGGGCGCAUCCAGCCGGGCGGCGCCUGA